UCCACGAAAACAAGUGGAGAGGUGUGGCCUGGUCUCACUGGAUAACAGAUCACUGCAAGGCAACCAACCACCUCAACUCUCGCCAGAGGAAGGAGGAGCGCAUGAUUUCGAGGAGGGAAAAAUCCCGGGGUGUUUCUAUCAAUGCUCACCCGAGUGGCGGACAUGGGGCGGUUAUGGUGUGUGGGUGUGUGGGUGUGUGUGUGUGUGUGCAGGCAGGAUCAACAACGGGUGGGCAGGUGGGAUGGAGAGGAGGGGUAGGCGUGGCCCUGUCGAGUGACUCCUCUAUGACCCAGCCAAAACCGGAACCAGGCCAAAAGGAAAGACGGAGGGUCCACUUUCCACGUCCACGUCUACGUCUGCGCCCAGAUCUUCCUCCCCCGGACUCUGCUCACUCUCACCCUCCCUAUCUGUUUCCUGUGCUGCCUUCCACCUUCAUCCCAGAGUCCAUUGAAGAGUAAGUAGCUAGGCAGGUAAUAAAUAGGUAGGUAGAUAGGUAAGUAGAUAGGUAAGCAAGGCAAUAAUAGUCUUUUUCUCCAUCUUUCUGCCUGGUACCGUAUGCAAAUACUUCCACUCACUGUGACAUGCUCUUCCACGCCAAUUUUGUCUCCAUAUGUUCCUUCCUGCCUGCCCAACCUGACCCGGCGCGCCUGGUUCUUGCCUCCUGCCUUACCUUACUUCCACUCUCAUCCUUCAGUCAUCCAUCAUCCACUUUGCGCCAGGCCUCGCCCUACUUCGAUUCCUCCUUUAUUAUUACUCUUGCUGCCUCCCUUCAAGCCAGCCUCUGUUCCUACUUUCCUCCCCUCUUCUUCGGUCCCUGCUUGCUGUACUCUAGCUUCCAAUCAUUCUGCUCUCGACUGCGCAGAAUAUCCGCCCAAUAUCCCAUUGCCACAGCCACGUCAACACUGCUUACUAUCACUCUCGCCACCAAUCGCCUCUCACUCCGGUACCAAUCCAUCGCCUGAUGCCCUCGUGCUCCCCUCAUUGACGCACACUGCUAUCCACUGUCAACCCCUCAAGUCAAUGGGCACCAUAGGUUACGACCAAAAGCGCAAGUAACCGCGGACUGCAGUUCUUUCAUUGACCGCCUCCCACCUUGUUACUGCACUGGCGCCCGACCGCGGCAUAGCGACACUUAAAACAAGCUUCCCGCAGUGCACGUCAUUAUCAAUUGGGACAUAAACCCCCAUUGACGGCUAGACUUAACACCACAAGCAAUCGCUCCUCAACCCACACCACUCUCAAAGAAGGAGGACGUUUUAGGCCACUGUUCAAAUCCGUGUGUGGACGCUUUCCUUCGACCGCAGUCCAUCAACUUCUCUGACUGCCGAAACCAAAUUUCCAUUUUGCUCAACUCCGAUAUCUCCAUACUCCGCCUCGCCACCGCCCGCCAUACAUGAUGGCUGACAAACCCAACCAUACCGCCAUUACACAGCCUACAACAACAGUCGUCUUUGACUCAAUCCGCGCCCGCCAACUUCCUUUUAACAUCUCUAAGAUGCAGUCUUCCUCAUCUGCACCCGUCUCGCAAACAAUGGACCCAAAACACAACAUGACGCCUCCACAAGCGACAACGAUGGCUCGGGACACCAAGAAAGUGUUCGACAUCAGCAACCUCAUGUCUCCUCCCGAGCCGGUACCUUACGACAAUUUCAAUCAGAACCAGCAACACAGCAUGUCGAUGUUUACCGCUUCCCAUCUCGCGCAAGAAGCGACGAAGCCUAGCAUGCCAAUGUCUCCUCCUGUGUCGCCAUAUAUCACAGAGGCAGGCAACGUCCCCACAUCGGGAACAUCUGCAAAGGAUCCAAUCCUGUACCCUCGCGACGAUAACGCUUCUAGCCCAAUUCAGCCACCUUUGUUCCCAAGCACCGAAUCAAUUGAGCACCGGCGUAUUGUCGAGGAACACAUCGUCGCGCGACCUCCAGGCCUCUUCCGCGAGGGCUCGCCUCCCCAAAGAGAGGAUUAUGAACUGGCCUUGCAACUCAAGUCCCAGGUUAUGAGACUGUUUGCAAACAAGAGGAAGUCAUGGUACGAGAAAGAGAGGGAACAAGUCAGGGCAGACCGAAAGCUGAAUCACGCUCGGUGGAAUAGCGUCGUGCGAUAUCAGACAAUCGCCCCUGCAAAGUCUGCCCCUACCAAGACUACCAAACUCGUCCCGGCCAAAUCCAAGGCUAUUACAUCCGCCAAUCCGAAGCCCGACCGAAUCGUCAAGCCCCAGGCUCCUCGUCCUGUUCGUACCAGCCCUCCGACUCGUCACAUUCGCCGUGUUAGUGCCACGCCGGACCCUGCUCGUCGUGUCGUUGCACCAAACCGAGAGGAUCGCGACUUCGCAGCUCUGCCCGACUAUUGCCCACCGCUGUCUUCGCUGCCUAACAAGCCGAACUGCCUCAAGGUGGACUGGAAGGGCGCUCCUAUCGACCUCAGUGACGACACCAAUGUUCACUUGCUCCACCCUGACGAGGUCAGCCUUGCUGCCAACCUUCGGCUCGACUGCGCUACCUACCUCACGAGCAAGCGACGCAUAUUUGUUCGUCGCCUAGAGUGUGCAAGAGUUGGAAAGGAGUUCCGCAAGACAGACGCUCAGCAGGCCUGCAAGAUUGAUGUCAACAAGGCUUCGAAGUUGUGGACGGCUUUCGACAAGGUCAACUGGCUUGAGCUGAAGUGGAUGAGCAAGUUUAUCUGAAGCCGGUUCAGACACUGUUGAUCUCAUGAAUCAUCUGGCAUGAUUCAUCGGUCCCUCCAAGUACACUGAUACCUCUCUUUAUUCCUAUUUUACGCAUCACGAACUCUCACGACACCGCUCAGCUGUCUACGACUCUCGCAUGAGCCGGUCACACGACUUACUCUCGCCUUUCCUUGUUUGUUAUCUCGGUACAUUGCAUACAGCGACUUUGGCUUGGGUCUGUUUUCCUU